AUGGAAAAGGGUGUGCAGGAUUUUUUAAACGCAAAGGGGAAUGUUCCCCAAAAUGGGACGCCCAACAGGGUGCUAAGUAGAUCCCCAAAUGGGACCCCCAACAUGGGGCUAAGUAUACCCCCCAAUGCUGCGCCGGCCAUCACGCAGGAACAAUUUAACAUGAUCAUGUGCAGCUUCAAAAGGAAAGACAAAAACGACCAAGUGGAAACUUCACCACAGAUAGAGGCCCAACACAGCGUACAAAAAUAUUACCCACUGGACGACAAACACGCCACGGACAACCAAAUCGGAAUGAAUUACAUUGCGAAUAAAACUGUAAAGUGCAUAGAUGCCCCCGAGAAGACACAUUUCCCUCUAUAUGUGCAGACUGAUCCGAAGGGAACCCAACUACAUGCACCGCAAAAUAAUCUGAUGCAUCACCUGCAGGAAUUACUUCAACGCACUCCCCUUCAGCCGGAUAUAAAAACGGGACAAUUGAGUAAAAAAAGUGACCACUACAACUUGAGUGUUGCAGAUGAUGUAGGGGUAAACUCUCGAUCGGACCAGGGCAGCCAUCUAAUGAUGCAUGGAAAGAACAAAGCCGAGUUUAUCUCCCUUCAGGAAGAUGUCCAACGAAUGAAGAACCCUCAAAUGGGAGAAGUACAGAGUUGCUUCAUCCAAGGUAGCACCAAUUACAGUGCCGCUCAAUUUCAAGAUUUUCACAAUACGACUAAACUGAGCCAUUGUAAUAACCAAAAGGACAGAGCUGCGGAGGAGGUGCGUUGCGUGGGGGUAAAUGGAGACUUCUUCCCAUCGCUUCGAUCCUUUAUCGUCGACGGCGCAUCUAAGAUUGAUCACGUAAUGAGUGACAAGCAGGGCGGGAGCGGCAUAGAAAAGGGUGCUCGAAGCGGUGUAGCAGGCGGUGUAGAACGCGGAUUCUGCACAGAUUCGCGCGGAGAGGGAGGAAUGACAAACGGCGUUGGAGAUAGCCCCCCCAGCCGACUAUUCAUCCACCGAAGCGACAUCGUAAACGAUUAUGUCACUGCAAACCAUUAUGACACUGCACACCGGGAAGAAAAUUUGCUAAAUGAACUAAAACAGGAGGUGCUAUACUACGGGACGCUGCGAACAGCUGAACUCACAAGCAACACACACUUGGCCCCUUCACAGGGCCACUACAAAAAUAGGGACCUUCUCCUAGAUAUACAAAAUGUCUGUAAUUUAAACAAUGAUCAGACGGGCAUCUACAGAUGCAACUCUCCAGUGAGUAACCAGCCGAGAAACGAAGAUGGACACACGAACCAGAACUAUAAGGAUGUGUUUCCUCUGCAGGGGGGAAACAUCUUUGUCAGAUAUGCUAACUACAGCCAAGGUAGAGGCGAAAAUGUGGCUAUCUGUCCUGAUGGAGCAGAAGGGGCCAGCGAAAUGGAGCGAACACACCAAGGGAAUCUCGCAAACCAGGUGACCCACACAAACCAAGUGACGCACCAAAGCCAGGAGAAUCUCGAAAAUCAGGUGACCCACACAAAUCAGCUACCAACUUGCACAAAUAAACUACUAACCAGAAAGGAGAGCCACCACCCCUGCGAAGAAGUCCUCCGCAGCAAGAAAACUACAAGUUGUGCCAUCCAUCAAAGUUGCGAGAAGAUGCCUCAUUUGAACAACCCAGGAAAAGAAAUUAAUCUGCAGAAUGGUAUCAGACUAGUAGAUGACCACAUAAGCAAAAUGAAAUUAAGCAAGAUGCUGCUGUCUAGCAUGGGAAGCUCCUCACCAGGCAUCAACGUCUCAACUGAGAAGAACUCCCCAGCAGGAACAAUUCAGGACAAACGUGACCAAGGGUAUGUGAACCCUAAUUGGAGCGAACAACCAUUUAUGCACGACAAGAGCCAAGUGAACAAAUCAAAUCACCUCAACCGAGUAGAGAUGUCAAAGGUAGGAACAGAUCUCCACCGUGAUGACUCCCCAUUGACGGAUAAGGGCACAAAACUACCACACGACAUAGUGGUCAAUUCUGGCUGUGCCAAGUACAGGGAUCUACACAGCCGUAUAGACCAAUCCAAAGGAGAGAAAUGCAUAGGAAGAUUAAAUGUCAAUACACUACGGGUAGGAAACUCCGCUAAUCAUGCCGCUAAUGGUGGGGGCACGUAUGGUAACAAAUUUGAACUUUACACCAGCGCGAAAGUGACCACAAAGGGGAACAGUUUAGGACAUGGAAGUUGUACAAUAACUGCAGAUACAAAAUUUAAGCCCUACUACAAAGGGGAUCACCUAAUAAGCAACAUAGAUCUGACAAAGAACAAACAAAAUAGCUCAAUCGUCAGCACACUGGAUGACAAAUCCAAAUGGCUAGUCAGCCUGUACAGAAGAAUGAAGAAUUUUAACGUAGGAAAUUCCCUCACGGUUAAUGAACACGUCAUGAAUACAAGUGGGCUCUGUAAUCUGAACGACAAAACGAAGCUGAUGAGUGGUGGAAGAAUACAAGGGGGUGGUAUCCCUUGUAGCCAUUCGGAGGACGCAGGAGUGAUGCUUCUUGACGAGUUUAACAGAAUUGGGAUUUUCUCUCCUGAAGGGUACUUCCUUGACAGUACGAUGAAAUGGAGGGGUAGAUCCCACCUUGCGAGGGAUGGAAACAACUACGUACCCACGGCAAUUCCACACCAUUCCGCCUCUAACCCAGACAAUUUUCUCAGUUCUGCAAACAAAUGUAAGGAGGGAAUAGAACCCCUAUCACUCAUGAUACACCAGCAUAGACAGCACGGUAUACUCCAUAGUGUGCAGCUAAACCGAGGUGAAGAACAUCACACCAGAUGUCCCUCCAAGGGUCCUGCUCCUUACCACCACCACAGCAAAGGAAACUACGGUCUGAACAUUUUGACGAACAAUUCUACAAGCUACCAAAUUGGAAGAAUGAGGGAAAAGGCCCAUUCGUUUGAUGCCACUAUGUGCAAUAUGGAUGACUCCAAAGAGGCGAACCUUCUGAACACCAAACCAAUUAAGAAAACCAUGCAGCCGCUGACAGAGUGCCAGUUUGACCAUCACAGUCGGGCAUGCAACGGAACCAUUUGGGGGGAUCUCCUUGGCCUUGGAAGAGGUACAGCGGAUGUAGCAGCGGAUGUAGGAGUGGAUGAAGCAGUGAACUGUCCAGUUGAGAACAUCGAAGGGGUAGGCGCCGAGGCAAGGGACGAAAGAAAUGACAACCAUUACGAUGACUGCUAUGUUGAGGGGUACACCGGUGGAUACCCCGAACGAUACUCCGACACACGUAGCACAACCACGAGGCAUAUCCCCCCAGGCAGCAAACUCGGAAUCAUAAUCCAAAACAUACGAUACUACAGCAACAAUGUAUUCAAUGAUGUAUUCAUGAAUAAUGACGCCUUUAAAAAAAAAAAGCUGACCGAACUCAAUCUCUAUUUAGCCAAAUUAAGAGUAAAAAACAGCCAGGAGUUUUUUUUUAAUUUAAAUAAGUUUUACGAAAUGCUUCUUCUUCUACUGAAUUCAAAUUAUGUCCAUAAAUUUAACUCCUCCAUUUUGUAUAGCAUCUGUGUAGUUGCAAAGAACCUCCUCGUUCUACUCCACCUGGGUGUGUACAUUCUUCACCUCAUCAAGACGUGUCUGUACUGUGUCGUGAAAUUAAUUUUAAUUAAGCCCAUUUCGAUUACAGACAAGGCGUGGUUCUUUCUCCUUAAUUUGUACAAGACCCUCUUCGAGAAGUUAUACCAGUACUUUAAGAACAACCUGCUGUUUGGUGAGUGCGAAGGGAAGCACCGCGAUUUGCACUCCUACGACGAAAACUCCCUGGCAAUCCUCCUGCCCUUCAUAAACGCCUUCAACGAAACUAUCUUGGAAUACGCCAAAAUCAGAAUCAUUUCGAGGAACAGAAAGAAGGAGGAACUCAUUGCCUUUCCCCUAUACGAGUCCCUCAAGCCGUUUUUCUUCGUCAACACGAAUUACCCAGAUGAGGCGGAUUGGUUAACGGAGAGGACGGCAAUGGAGAGAGCAGCGGCCGACAGAACAGCCGCCACUAUGACAACGCCGGACGGAGUGGAGGUGGAAGAUGUUCCCCUGGAGGAAGCUCGAGAAGGGCCGGGGUACACCACACGCAGCAGACAGGUUGUAGAUGGAAAGGCCCAGGCUGGAAAUGCGGCGCGUAGAGUAUGUACGGAAAAUAAGGAAGAUACGGGAAAUACGACAAAUAUGGACGAGGCCAACCAAGUGACUAGCCAAACGACUGAUCAAGCAAAUGAACAGACCGCCUCUCUGAAGAAGACAUCCACCCCUGGCGCACCCUUUUCAAAAAAGAAAAACACCGAAGAUAUUCCCGUUGAGAAGAACACCUACGGAUGCGUCAAAAGUGCAACCCAGCUUGGCCCCAUAAACCAAACGAGGGAAGCGGACCCUCAGAAGGGGGACUACCACUGUUCUGAGCAGCAAAGCGGGAAAGUAGACUCGCCGGUCAAGUUUUACUCCAAAAAAAAAGCAGAAGACGAGGAGUUAGCCGCAUCCAUACGAAAUAACAUUCUCUGUUGUGUACAUUCCCUAAUCAAAAUGUUCUCGCACAUCUAUAUAAACAACUGGGACAAGAUCCUCUACUACUACAAUGAGAACAGAAAAAAAUUGAUCCCGAUAUUUUUGACCCUCACGAUGAAUGACCAGAAUCAGAAGAUCCGAACGAAUUCGAUUUUGUGCCUCAAGUACCUCUUCGAUUGCAAACAACUCAAGUACUGGUUUUUGCUGAAGGAGGGGAGUUACAGCGGCGCCCCGCUUGGCAGCCAUGUUAGCGGUCACGUUAGUGGCCACGUCAGAAAUCACCUUACUGGCCAAGUUACGUUUCCACCAAGCUAUCCCACCGGCGGAACGAGCUCACACGAAACGACCCCCCUCGUGGAAUGCCCACAUCACCAGAGGAAUAACCUAACCCUCACAGAGGAAAUUCCAAACGGAAGUCCAACCAAAAAAAUGAUAGAAGUGAACAGGCAGAAUCAAAACGUGCCAGUAAAGGGAGACAACUACCUCCUUCGCCGUAACACCCCUUCUGGAAAAAACUCCUACAGUGCAGGUUAUACCAACCUGUCUUUCCCAGACAAACAGAUGAAGCAGAAUGCCCACAUGGGAAAAGCACCCCAUUCAGUUCUUCUAUUUAACGAUAUGAAACAUAUCGUAAAGAGAGAAGCAGAAAUUGGAACAAAUGCUUCAUCACUUCUGGGAAUCUUCCAAGGGGAUAAUCAGAUGCAGACCUAUGGAGAAGUGAGAGUUGAUAAUAACCCUCUUGGUAGCAGCUCCAACAGUGGAUUUCCCUACCCCAGGCGAGAAUAUCGUUAUGAAAGCUACACGAAUGAAGAGUCCAACGAGAAAGGAAACUACUCUAAUGCAAAAAAAGCCUCCACUGAACAGAACAUUGUAAAGCUACUCACAAAGUUAACGAAACUUAUAAUCAAAACAUACAUGGUGGAGAAGGAAAAUAAUUUCUACACCCCCACGGACAGACUAAACAUCUGCAGAUUUUUUCUCAGAGUCUCCCAAUCGAUAUUAAUACCAAAAUAUAAAAAUUUACUGAGAAAAAUUUUGAAAUUUUUUUUUUUCUACUUAUUAAAGUACCUCAUAUAUUUUAACCAUGGUGAUGCUUUCCAUUUCUGCAUUAAGAGACUACUUCUUAGAGAUGGUACGUCCAAAAGGAGUUGGCAACCAGAAAGGAACAUCCCUUUUGGUUACUCCCUCCUUCCAUACAUCGAAGAGUUUGCAGAGAGGGAAAGAGCGGCAACUCAUUUUAGAAGUGUCAACGCGCUGUGCAGCCAGACAAGCACUAAUGUGCACCUGAGCCGACAUAGAAGAGAAAUGCUCCGCAUGAAGCAGUUUAGUGAUAACGACUGCUACUCGCAUGACUACCUCGAUGAGGAUGAGCGCGUGUUUACCUCGCUCAGUAAUUACCUGAACAGCUUUAGAGACACAGGGGAACACGAAGAGAUCGAUGCCCAGGGGGGGGAGCAGCCACACGAUCAGAAGGGAGAUGGUGAAAGGGGGGAUGGUCAGAGGAAGGACCCAUCGGGGGGAGUGCUUCCAGAAGGAGUCGAAGGGGACGUUCCAAGAUGCACCGGAAAAGGAGGCCUACCCAUCCACCACCAUCGCACGACCCACCUAAGUCUAGCCGAUCAAGAGGAGAGCGCCACCGAGGGGGACCUGGACAAAAAACCGAAAGGAAAAAGUAAAGGAUAUAUGAAAAAAGGAAAAGAAGAGAAAAAACACACAGAGGGUAAUAAUGAAGACAAAGAGGCAGCCACCCCAAAUGAUAGCAGCAAAGAGGUCACAUGGAAUGACAAAAGUGCGGAGAGUGUAUUUGAGCAGGCGGAGGAGUUACCCCCGUCUCGCGUGCAUUCCAAUGAAACGGAUCAAAAUGGAGCCCGUGGGAAAUUCGCCGAUGAGAGGAUAGACAUCCCUCCCAGAACAGAUGCACUGCAACUGAAAAAUCCAAAAAAGAGAAAGAAGAAAAAAAAAAAAAACGAGGAAAGGAAGGAUGACGGGGAAGAUGCAGAGGACUCACAAGAAGAGGAAUCCACCAAAGGGAGCAUAUGUUCAUGCAAAUAUACAAACAUAAUCGAUGCGACAAAAAAGAUAAACAAGGUCGGCAAAAAAGCAGACGAGAACGAUUUAUCCUACCUGUACAAACACAUAGACAAAAUAAAUAAGAAGCUUCUAUCGAUCGAAGAUUACGAUCUGCUAAUCAGCAUUCUGUACUGCAAUGAAUAUUCCAGGGGCUCCAAAUAUAUAACCAUGAUAACGGUUAUUAUUAAUAUCUUUUCGGUCCUUCUGUGCAAUUAUAAUGAUGAAAUCUUCCGCUUCCUCUGCACGAACAUAUACGGAGUGAAUAUCAACACAACCUUAAAUGAUCACAACAUUUCCUGCCACCAUUCUACGCAUAAUCAGCUGUAUGAUAUCUCCUUUGCACAGUUAAUAUACUUCAUGUUGAUAUUUUUGUAUAAGAUUUUUUAUCAACCCUGCGUAGAUGGCAUAGCUAUUUGGAUGGAAAACGGGAACGAAUUGCUCGCUGAGAAACGGAGGAGAGAGGCUAUACGGAAGGGGGAAGCCAACCAAGAGGAACAACCACAACAAUGCCAAGAAGAAGAACAAAUCAAUUUGGACAGCAACACCCAUCAGGAGUACUCCCUUAGAGGGCAUCCCAACAAAGCGGAUCGGUCAAACCCUAACCUGAGAGGUUACCGUUACGAAAAAAAAUAUGUCAACAAUUCGUACAAGGACCUCUACGACAAUUACAUCAUUUCGUACAUGCAACAGGAAAGUAACGAGAUGAACCAGCUGAAUAAUCUCCUGAACAGAAACAAUUUCAUACCAAAUUUAAUACCAUAUGAUAUUCAAAUCUUUAAAAAUAUCUUCUUAGUCUUUCAGAAGACAUUAAAACACUAUUUGUUCUGCUACAUGCACUGUUGGAAUGACGUCAGAACUUUGCUAGAAUAUUUUCUGCAAUCGGAAAAUCUGCACAUAAAAAUUAUUUCCAUUAAGAUAGUCAUUGAUAUCUUCAGCUUUAUCAAUUCUUACUACGAGGUUAACUGCAGUGAGUAUGAACUUCCAAUUUAUAGACAAAAGGAUGAAUAUAAGAAUGACAACAUAUUUCAUAAGAGUGCGUCGAGGGGGAAGGAGUGGGACAAGCGCAGGGGGGAAUACACGUUGCGUCCGAAGGAGGGUCGGCGAGAAGAAGAAUUACCCACGUGCGCUGAAGUGUGCAGGAAGAACCGCACCAACACGGGUGUGUCUAAAACUGGUUUCAGGCAUGGUGUGCAGAGAUCACCCUAUGGAAGUGUUCACAGAUGCGUAGCGAGUGCGGAGGAAGUCAGACAUAUAAGCCCCCACUGGAGUGACUCUAAGGGGGGGGAAGCUCCUUUGGUUGGGGAUACUUCAAUCGGGAACAACUCCAUCGGGAACACUUCAAACCGUUUGAUGACCCCCCCGAAGGAAGCACGGAAUAGAAGCGGUUCCAAACAUGCGGAAUAUCACAUGCAAGAAAGGGUCCCCCCCGAGGGAAGCACAAACGGUACGAUCGACCAGCACCACAGCGAGGCAACCGAAAUGAGCAAGAAGAAACAAUUCGUGCAGCUCGUCGAAAGCGACAUGGUGGACCUCUUCCGGAAGUACAUUCUCGUCCACAUCCACAACAUAAAUAAAAUACAGAACGAUGUCACAAAUAGAAGAAGCAAACUGAAGCAUAUUUUCCUAAACACCAUCAUCUGCAUCUCUCAUCUGAGCUAUACAGGAUUUAAAAUCCUAACAGUUGAAGACAUCCAGCGAUUGACAAACCUUGUGUCCUCCUGUGUUCACAGCAUUAAGUGUAACAUCAUUACCGCCCUAAGCAAAUAUAUUAUCAAGUACAUUUUUACCUUUAAUAAAAAAUUUAUUCAGAAUUAUGAGAAGAGGAUAAACUUGCUGCAUAUAAAUUCAACCAAUGUCUACUAUAAUAAUAUCCUCACCAGGGAAGCGGGUGUGUUUGGGGAGGUUCUCCCAGGGGAGGCAGGUACCACAAGUCAGAGCGGCAUCAGUUACGCCUCAAAAAAUGGCUCUCUAAAAAACGAUCUGCAAAAAGACCACCUGCAAGGAAACAUCGAAAGCAAAGCCCACAGCGCAGCGAACCUUCCGAAUCUACCCCCCCCAAACAGCAUAAACGGCACAUCUACAAACAUUUUCAUACAUUCGAACCCCACGAAUAUGAAUUACGAACGAGAGAAUGGAAGGUGGAAGGUAUGUCCUGUUCUUAUCGAAGAAGAGGAAAAGAUUAGAAAAGAUUACUACCCUGUUAAUGCCUCUCCGCAUCACGUGAAUUACCCCCACGAGGGAUGGCAUGAUGAAAAAUAUUUUUUUGAAAAUGUAGUGACUGUGCCCUCCCGUUCAACCAUGUGUAACUUGGAGCAGGUCCCCCACCACAGCAACAGUCGUAGAAGCAGUAAUAGGAGCACGGAAAUAAUAGCACGUGAAUUGAGGCAAGUGGGUCCACACUCAGCCUGUACAAUGCUAAUGGACAACUUGAAAGACCCAGUUCAAUAUGAGCGUUCAUCGGAUGUGACUCCUUACUCAAGAGACACUACCAUUUCUGAAAAGAUAGGUGGGUUAAACGAAAUUGCCGAGACGGAACGAAAAGCACAAACGCAGAAGGAGCAGCAACCGAAGCAGCAAGGGAAAGAGAACUCCGUACGCUGUGUCAGUAUAACUCACUCAACAUUUAAAUGCUCGCACGAAAAAUCCAUGAUGGAAGAACAAAGAGGCAGAAUCAGCAACCCAGAGGGGUGCAACGCGGAAGAUAUGGCAAAAAAAAAUCAGGAAAAACUGACUUACACUCAAAAAGACAAAGACGAGAAGGAUAAGGAGCGGUUCCCCCCUAUUUCCUUAGCAAAAAUGGCGACGAAUACGAGAAAUGUCAAAAAAGACAAAAUGAGCAAAUUGUGUGGAUUGAUUAAGAGGCAGAACAGAAGGGAGGAUCCCCAGUGGGGGGGAUUGAAGAAACAUGAGAACCUCCAAAUGAAGAUGAGUAGACAGAUGAGCGGCCAGAUGAGCAGCAAGAUGAGCAGCCAGAUUAGCAGCCAGAUUAGCAGCCAUAUGAACCGCCAUAUGAGCAACCAGGUGAUCCAGAUCAACAUACAGUGUAACAACAAACAGCUUUUACUUGCACCCACUUGUGAAGUUGCCCAGUCGAAAAAAAACACUGAACAUGCCAUUGCGCAAAGUAGAACAAGGGACACCUGUGCAAUCAAUUCCCUCCACGUGUACGAAAAGGACCAAGGGGACGAACCCCAAUCAAAGGACUCCCUGGACAGACAAAGGAAAGACGCAUACCUACUACAAAAGCAAAGAAGCGAAAGGAAAUUGUUCGAGCUCUACUAUAUAUAUAUAUAUAUCAUCAUUCACAUUAUCAAAUUUUACAACGAUUCAUUUGUAGACCUCAAGUACUACACAUACAACUGCAUAUGCGAAAUAGCUAGCUCCUAUGUCCCGUUUUAUUUUACUCAAAACAACAUCAAGACUUUUUCCUACUACAGUAACUACAACAGUGAAGAGAAUAAGGACAUUAACAAAUUUAUCAAUUUUAUUAACAGCAUUCGGUUGUCCUCAGACGUGGAGGAGUUGAAGUUAUUUCGCCUGCGCGGGGAGAGCAUCACGUCAAACGGAGAAACAGUUACGGGUGAAUUCCUCCAGUGCAACCACCACACAGAUGCGAGUGCAGCGGAGGGCUUCUCUCACAAAGGGGAAACUUGCGCCACAUCCAGAAGUAAUAACACGACGGCUAGUAGCAGCUGCACGAGCGGGAGAGGUGCGCUGUAUGAAGUUUACCCGUGUGAAGUUCCGCCGUGCAAAGUUCCCCCGUGCAGAGGUUUGUCAAGCGACGCAGGGAGUAUCCCCACCCUGGCCAAUCAACCGAAUCGCAUCACUGCCCAUAACGCGCAAAACCUGCAUGACCAAUUCUCAAACAACAUAUACCUCAUUUCCUACAUAGAGUACAUCUACAUACUCCUGCUAAUCAUCCGAGAAAACAAAAACGUGGAGAAAGACCGGGCAAUCUGUUGCAUCAUUAGGUACGUAGGAUUUAUAUGCAAAAAUAUAAACUUUUUUUUAUUCAAUUCGAUCAGUUUGCUUCCCUCGACGUUUCUCCUGAAGUAUUUCGUAUACCUCAAUAAUUUGAUUGAGAAGAAGGGGCUGCUCGGGAGAGGACUCUCCAGAGUUGGAGGUAGACACAGCAAAGGGUCAUCACACGGCGCUGCCAACAUCGGUGCUGUGGCGAACGAGGAAGAGGCGUCCAAGGGGAAAAAGCACUCCGUGUGGGGGGAGGAAUUGUUCGCAAAGAUGAGAACGAACCUAAGCAGCAGGAACAGACGCGUAAGAAGCAAAAGCUCCAGCAGAAGAAGCGUCAGAAGCAUAAGCGUCCGCAGCAGAAGCAGCGAUGUGUUCGUGACGGUCGACACCAGGGAGCACUCCCCUGCCUGUGCACACCAAGGUGAAAGAAGCCACGGACAAGCGUCCAGCGAGGUACCGACCUUCGACGAGAAGAAGAGCAACUCGAAAAUGAAGCCAACACAGAAGUUCUGCUCCAAAAUGAAGUCAACGCAGAUGUGCAAAUUGUAUCACUUGUUCCUAAACGUCUACGUAAAGUAUGAGUACAAUUUUGAAGACAGCUUCUUUUCGUGCAAGGGAGGCGCAGCGAAGUGGGAGAAGUCAAACGGGGAGAAGGGAAUAUCCACGAGGAUGGCUAGUUCGAACGAGGAUCCCUCACAACGGAGUGAGCCCUGCGAAGGGGGUAGAAGGAAGAAAAAGAAGAAGAAGGGAAACGCUUCCCAGGAGGAGGAGAAACCAGGUCGGAGGCAGAAUACAUCUGUACAUGACCCCCAGAAACAACCCAUCGUGGAAGUGCAUAACGAGGAACAUAGCACCGAUGAAUUACAGAAAUGGGAAGAUGCCCCCCAGGAACUCCUCAACCCGGAGCAGCUCUUCCAAGGGUACUCUGAAAAGAGGGAGGAGAAAGUGCACGCAGACCCUAUUGUGAUCGAAAUAAAGGACAUCUUCCACUCGAGCAGAGGCAAAAAUAACCCAAUAAACAGAUCGAACAACAACGUGGACGCAAAAAUUAUUCUCUACCUCCUAUCCAUCGUAAAGGAACACAUAAAAAACAAAAUCACAUGGAAUGUCCUCUACACCUUCAAACUGAUAUACAACAAUUUCUCCUUCUUCCUGGCCCACAACUUUUCCGAUCUGCACAGCCAGAUUCUAGAGCACUUAAUAAGUACACUAAGGUACACAAAUGUCUAUAAAAUAAAAAUCCUGUCGUCUUUGGCGCUGAUCCAUAUCCCUCUAUAUUACAACAUCGAUAAGAUUAAGUUGAAAGAAUUAUGGGACACACUGGUCACUAACAUAUCCUAUUUGGAUUUAAUUUUCCUCAGUGAUAAAUCCAACACUAAUCAAUUGCUGUGCUACUACGAUAAGGGAUUAAAUUACGCCACCAUAAGUAGAAAAACGGAGUACAAAUAUAAAUCCACUCUUAGAGUAAACAUCUGCGAACUUUUGUACAUGUGUAUAUACAGAUCUUACGUCCAUGCCAACAUAAAUGCCGACAUCGAAAUUCAUAAUAGGAGAGUCAAUUGCUAUGAGGCCUUCAAAAAUUAUACGCACAUCUUCAACAUUAACAAUGAUGUACACAUUUAUAAUAUGACUCAUAUUUUUAACAACCACGUAAUUUAUUACUCUUUUUAUAAUAAUGUUGUGCCCCCCAAGAGAUCAUCAGCCGGUGCUUUCUCCGAAGAGGGGGGGUUUCCCCCAAACGGGAAAGUCAGAGGUGUUAGCAUCCAUUCCAGGGAACUACAAACAACGUCAGCUGUAGGGUUGAGGCAAGACAUAUCACAAUUGGCAGACAGGGCAGAACAAGUUGGAAGUGCCCUCUGCAAUCAAGCCACCCUAAAAAACGAAGCAAAAGAAGAGAAAGAAAAAGAAAACAAAGAAGAAAACGACGAAAAAGACGAGAAAGAAGGAAAAGAAGACAAAGAAGAACAAUUCAACCACCAUGAUAUAUUCGAACUGCAACUAUUUCUAAAUAACCACUUCGAUAAGUAUCAUUUUGUUUACAAGAGUUUAUUGAGGACAGGGAAAAAUCCAAUUUUUCAAAUCCUCUUCCAGAAGCUACACUACGAAAUUAAGUUAUCCUUAAAGCGCUUCCUCGAGAAGAGGAGAGACACCAGUUUGGAACCCCCCAGGGGGGUGAGCAACUAA